AUGCUUAGGUUGAACCUCAACUCAUCAAUCGCACACCCAAAGGCAGCUCCCCUACUGACGAAGCAAGAGCACGCCCCCAAAAGUGGGCAGGUCAUCCGCAAAGUGCUCGCCUCUCUGCCGACGACCCACGAGAACAUCUACACCAUCCCCAACCUGCUGACUUUCUCGAGGCUGAUAGCCGCGCCCUUCAUCGGCUACUGCAUCGUGCACGACUAUCACGCGUGGGCUCUGGGGCUGUUCGCGUAUGCCGGCGUCUCCGACCUGCUUGAUGGCUGGAUCGCUCGGAGAUGGAACCUGAAGACCGUCGUCGGCUCUGUAGUCGACCCGAUGGCCGACAAGAUCCUCAUGACCGUCUUGACCGUGGCGCUCGCGGCCAAGGGAGCCUUGCCUGUGUGGCUGGCGGCGAUCAUCCUCGGACGUGAUGUCGGCCUCGGCAUCGCGGCCAUCUACUACCGAUGGAUCUCCUUGCCGCCGCCCAAGACGUUCAUGCGCUACUGGGACUUCUCGCUGCCCUCGGCCGAGGUCCGGCCCACCACGAUCAGCAAGUACAACACCUUCCUGCAGCUCGCCCUCAUGGGCGUGACCACGAUGGCGCCUCUGGUCCCCGCCGACAUUGGCACGUCGUUGACGGUCCUCCAGUACAUUGUUGCUACCACCACCGUGUGGAGUGGAGCGAGCUAUGUCUUCAGCAAAGACGCCGUCAAGAUCCUCUCCGACAACAAGUCCAAGAAGUGA